AAAAUUCAGAGUAGGUUCGUAGAUCGUGCUGGAACGAAGCGUUCGCUGUACACCCGCGAAGACAAGCAAAGGAUCACUUGCUUGUGUAUGGUAGCCUACAAAUGGUUAUUCAAGUCAAAUCCAACUCGGGCAGCAACAGCAAGGCGAUGGACGGAACCCAGCAAAAACUGGAGGCAAAUGUUUUGCUACUUGGCGCAGAAAAUGUCGGGAAGUCUGCGCUCACAGUGAGAUUCCUCACCAGAAGAUUUAUCGGCGAAUACGGAAACAUGGAAUCCAUAUACAGCCGCAGUGACAGAAUUGACGGACGGGAAAUUUCUUUCAAUAUCUGGGAUUCGUUGCACCCGCAGAAGUCCGACGCGGAUGUAUGCAUCAGCGAGAAGCAGCUUCAGUGGGCAGACGGGUUCAUUCUGGUCUACAGCAUCUGCGACCGAGCCAGUUUUAACCUGGUGCGGCGACAGGUGCAGUGUAUCAGACAGGGCAAAGCCAAGGUUCCGGGCGCGACGCCGAUCGUCAUCGUGGGCAACAAGCGAGACCUCAAGCACCGCCGCACCGUCUCCAGCGAGGAAGCCACGCUCCUCGCCUUGUCCUCGGAUUGCGGCUUCUUCGAGAUCUCCGUCGCCGAGACCUACCACGGCGUGUUGCUGGUUUUCCACGAACUGCUCGACCUCAUCCGAGAGGCGAGGACCACUAAGAAGGGACCAGCCGGGCUCAAGGGCAUCGUACGGAGCAUGUCUGCAGUUUUUGGGAGAAGACGAACCGACUAGGUUAUUUUGACUGCGAGCAGGGGCGAGGUUAUAAAACCGGAGAUGUUAAUUCACCCGGCCGUGUCGCUUAGCUGGCGACUUUAAAGCUGCGAGGUGGAUGGCUGCGGCCGUGCUCACGUGCAGCACGCUGAAGGUCCUACGCCGGUGGCGCGCGACCGUUUCCAAGACGUCCGGACUUCGAAAGCGGAGUCGGAGAGCGCCGUGCACUGCUGAAACCCGCUUUGGGGUCGGACUGGCUGAUUGACAGGGCAGUUAUAAAAGUUGACAGUUGCAUUGUUAUGACUGGAAUGACCGAUUGUGCUUUAUAGGCCAAGUAUUUCCGUCCUGUAAUGGCAUUGGCUACCCAGUGACGUGAUCAAGUCGUUUGACGUCUGCCUGGCCUGUAUGUAUGCAGAUAUUUAAAAACUGGAACGCAGGAGCCCUUGUUUCACCAAGCCCAGACCAUGUAGCACAACAGAUUGUGACUGACUUGGUGGUGUGGGUCAACGUCAAUCUAUGCACACCUAUAAAAAGUAGCACUUAAAAUGGCCAUUGUAAAAUCUCUCUGUACUUGUGUGGAUAUAUUGUCAUGCUGUGCUGUGCAAUACACCCCCCCCCCCCCCCCC